UCUCCCUUUCGCCCUUGUCCCCGUCCCUCUCUUCCCCGCCCCAUCAAUGGCGAUCUCCGAACCCGGUCAACUCCCGGCCGAACCGAACCGGAUCCCCUGCACCGUUACCUUCGGCCGGUCCAGCUUCCUCGGCCGCUCCCUCGUCGCCGCGCUCGUCUCCUCCGGCCAUUGGACCGUCCGGGUCGCCGACCCCUACCCUUCCCCCGGUCCGGCCCACCAACCCGGUUCACCCGGCCCGUUUCACCUCCCGGUCGACUUCUCGGACCGGUCCCAGGUCAUCCCCGCCCUCGCCGGAUCCGUCGUCGUCUUCCACAUCGACCCCACCACCACCACCUCUUCCUCCUCCAUUUUCUCCACCACCACCCCCAAUUUCUCCGAACUCCACGCCCUAGCCAUUGGGGCCACCAAAACCCUAAUCUCCGCUGCAAUCGAGUGCGGCGUGCGCCGCGUCGUCUACACCGGCUCCGCCGCAUUCGCCUUCGACGGCUGCCGCGACGUCGUGCUCGGCGACGAGUCCGUGCCCUACCCCGAUAAGUAUGAGGACAUUUUGGAUGAGCUGAGGGCGCAGGUGGAGAUGAUGGUGUUGGACGCGAACGGGAGGGGUGGGAUGGCGACGUGCGCGCUCCGGCCGAGCUAUCCGUUCGGGCCAGGGGAUCCGAAUCUCGUGCCGUUCUUCGUUGCAUGUGCGACAUCCUUUUGGAAUAAGUUUAUAGUAGGAGAUGGUAAAAAUAUGUAUGACUUCACAUAUGUGGAGAAUGUGGCCCAUGCUAAUAUUUGUGCUGAGAAAGCUCUACGUUCAGACCCAGCUUCUGUUGCAGGAAAGUCGUUUUUUGUUACAAAUGAUGAGCCGGUGGAGCUUUGGGAGUUUAUUUCUAGUAUACAAGAAGGCUUGGGAUAUCAGAGCUGUAGGUUGGAUGUAGGUGGUUUCUUUCAGAAAGUGCUGAUACUAUCUGUUUCAUUCAGGGCCACAAUUAAUAUUUCUGCCAAUCUUGUAUUCCUAGUUGUUCUGCUUGCCAGAAAGUUUAGCGAAAAGGUGUUUUUGCAUAGAAUAUCCAAUCCAAUACCUGGUCCUGCUACUGUUCACGCUCUCUCAUGCACGAGGACUUUCAGUUGUUCGAGAGCUAAGAGCAUUCUUGGUUAUUCUCCAGUCUUAUCAAUGGAGGAAGGUAUCAUGCGAACUUUGGAGUCAUUCUCAGAACUAGCUAAAGAUUCAGGUUCUUCAAGACUACGAGAUUUUACUGCACCGUCAAAAGCAGACCAACUAUUAGGUGGCGGAGUAGCUGCUGAUAUAUUGCUAUGGAGGGAUGAGAAGAAAACAUUUACUUAUCUGGCUUUACUCUUUCUGCUGUUCUACUGGUUUCUGCUUUCCGGAAGAACUUUUAUCUCUUCGUUUGCAAGAAUCUUAUUGCUGGUCUCAGUCACUCUUUUUGUCCAUGGCAUCCUACCUUCGUCAAUGUUUGGUCUGACAAUCGAGAAGGUCCCAUCAUCUUGCUUUGAAGUCUCAGAGCAAACGUUGCAAAAUUUGUUUAGUUUUGUGGCAUCUAUAUGGAAUAAAGGCUUUCAUGUAAUGAAGUUGCUUGCCAGAGGUGAUGACUGGGAAGUUCUUUUCAAGUCGAUUGCUUCUAUAUGUAUUCUCAAGUUGCUGUUCCGUUUCUCACUCGCAACAUUGAUUGGAGUUGGGUUGACAUGCAUGUUCAUCAUCUUCAUUGUCUAUGAACAGUGUGAAGAGGAAGUCAACAGUCUAAUUGCAACAGGCUCAGUUAGAAUUGAAGCAUUAAAGAAAAAAAUUGUCAGUAAACUAUCAAGCUUCUUGACGAAAUAUAUUCCCCAAAGUUGAUGAUGACUGACCUACCAUAUCUCUCACUGCGAAUUUGGAAAUUAAAAUGCAUCAUCUUUGUGACAUACUUCCUUUCGUUGCGGCUUCUGUUGUCGAUUUAAUCUUUUAUGUUUAGAGAGGUAUUCAUGCAAUUACUGAUUUGAGGUUUGAUAAUUCAUCUAUCUUUCGAUCUUUCUACUAAUUAUGUAGUUAUUAUGGUAGUCAUUUUCUCAUGAUUUCAUGUAAUUAAAAGAAUAAAUAACAUUGCAAGAUGUUCUGCCAUUCUCAUGCAUAUAUUUCAACAUCAGUAGCAAAUUCAUCCAUCAGCUAUGUUUUUGUACUGGUUAAUUAUGUAUCUUUGAUAAAGUUUUCACAUAUUUCUUCUACAUAUACGAACAAUUCUUGUACAAGAACUCUCUUGUAGUUGGUCUGAGAAUUUUAUACUAACCGAGUAUUUCAUACUAAUUGCAUGUGCUCAAAAUGAAAAAAAAGAUACUAUGUUAUUUUAUUUGGUUCUGUACAUAUAUCGGCACAAAGCAUUUUCCCCUAUUGUUAAUAUAGUUCUUCAUGCCAUGUCUUAGUGUUUAUUUGGUCUGGCUUUGGCUCUGCUUCUCUAACCCCUGAAACAGCAGUCAGACCCUGAAGCUAGCUACUGGAAAAAGCUAUAAAGAGCUUCUAGGCUGCAAAAUCUGUGGGUCCAAUUUGAAGCUUCCGCUUCUGCUAUAGUAAAAAUCUAUUAGGAUGAUUUACUGGAAAAGCUGUUAGUGUUCCUUCAAAAAGAUCAACUGAGAUAGCACUUCUGUGGAAACAACAGCCAAAGCAAAGAGGUCUAUAAUAGUAUUGCAAAGGGACUCUUUCUCAUGACUUCCAAAAUUUAUGUUUGAUUAUCUUUGAGAUACUUGGUUGGCAAGUUUGGAUCAAGAAGUUUUUCCAUAACUGUAUUUUGAGAAAGAAAAAGGUGAUUUGCUUGCACCUCAAAAGUAAACAAUAUUUAGAAUGCGCAGUAUAAGUAUGUAUCUGGUGUUCUUUUUCGAAUGUCAAAUACUUUGGGUGAUGGUUGUGUUUUUCGGUGUUUGUGGUUCCUUGCAUUGGAUUCUUGCUUUUCUAUGUGUUGCUUUGUUUGAAUGUAAAUGGCUCUUUUUCUUGGUCAAUUUUCUCCUUAUGUCAUACUAUUUAUGAUCUUUCUGUAUUUCGUGCUUAAAAUCCAAAAUUUGUACAUAUACCCUUCUUAAUAGGCUUGGAGCUUUCUGUUGACAAGUGUAUCCAACACAGAUUUGGUAAUGACGGUUUAUAUUAGGCUUCAGUUAUAAACUUGAGCCAGAAAUUAGGAAUUUUAAGCUAUUAAUUUAUACAGCUGCAAAUUUUGAAGUGUUUAUCUCCUACUGGUUGUAUUCAUUUUAGAAAGGAGUGUUCAAAGCCAUAAGGACUAGGCAUUUCAAUACACAAGUUUUUUUUUUUUUAAUACAAAUAAGAAAAAGCAGAGGAUGUUCAAACAUACAUGCAUUUGCCUCUAGUGAGAACCGUAGCAUAGGGAGCAAAACUGCUUUUAGUUUAGAAUUUUAAGAAGUCCCUCUCUUGCUGCACUCAGCUCUUUUGCAACUUUCGUCAUGUCGGAUCGUUCGUAUGGCGAUUCAUUUGAGCACGCGAGACCGCAGUUGAACACCGAAACUACGCAAUGUCGCACACACUCUUCUCGAUAAGCUUUAUCAUUAUCAGCUGAGUGCAGGUUUCUGUCUAUGAUGUCCAUGACAUGUUGAGGUGAAGCAGCAGCAGCACGAACAUAUCCACGAAGGCUCAGUCCGUCUUUGAACUUUUCGUCGAGGGGGCUCAUUCCAGUGAACAUUUCCAGCAGAAGAAUUCCGUAGCUGUACGCAUCGCCGAGCCUAGAUGGUUUACAGCCCAUUCCAUACUCUGCACAACAUAUUUUAAUUGCAAACAGACAAUACAAGAUUGUCAGUGCUGGUAGAUGAACACUCAGAUGUUUCGUCAGGUAAUUGCCGCAGAAACUUUGCUAACCCAAAAUCACCCACAUGCGCCGUCAUUUCAUUGUCGAGAAGGACGUUGCUGGGCUUAAGAUCACAAUGAACAAUCGGCACAGACCCUUCGUGAUGAAGAAGAUACUCUAAUGCCGAGGCUACGUCGACAGCUAUGUUCAACCUCUGGAUUAGGUUUAGGCUUCUGAAUGGCCUAUUAGCGCGUGCAUUUGGAUGUAGCCGCUCUUCUAAGCUCCCAUUAGGCAUGUACUAAAAAACCAAGGCCUUAAAAUCAUUACUGUGGUGAUCCAAGCUAGAGCACGAUGUAAGAAUUUUGACAAGAUUUCGAUGUCGAAUGCUUCUCAGGGCCUCACAUUCAGACAUAAAACUCCUGAAAGCCCCAUGCUGUUGAAGGUUAAGUACUUUCACUGCGACGAUGUUGGCAUUUUCAUAGUUCAUGACGGCUUUAUAUACUGACCCAAAACUUCCUGUGCCGAUCAGAUUAUCUGAGGAGAACCCAUCUGUAGCCCUGAAAAGCUCAUCGUAUGAUACUUUCAUGUGUCGGUUUCUUAAGGAAAAUCUUGACAGCGGCUUUCUCCGGGAGCUUUUUAUCAAGUGACGCAUCCCAAGCAAGCACAUGAUUAUAAUGAAACACAAAAUUGCUCCACCUAUGGGAAUGAGUAUUACCUUGAGUUUAUAAUCAGAGUGAUGUUUUGCUGCGAAGGCAUCUGAAGUGCAUUUCGGCAAGUGUAAUUCUAGAAUUCCCCCACAGAGUUUACUAUUUCCGAUAAGUGAGACUUCACUCGCAUUCUUAAAGACACCUUUCAUCGGUACUCGACCCUCAAAACUAUUGAAGAGAUAUUCAAGUAUUGUAGAUCAGGGAGCUCAUCAAGGAAUGCUGGUAUUUGGCCGGAGUAUAAGUUUUUUGAGAGAUCAAGCUCCUUGAGCCUUCUUAAAUUGCUAAUGGAGAAAGGAAUGGUCCGUUGAAAUAAGUUAUUCUCCAAAUGAAGGAUUUCCAAGAUUGUGCAUUGACCGAUAGUGUCUGGAAUCUCACCAGAGAGCCUGUUAUUUGCAAGAUCAAGCUCCCUGAUAUUUAUCAAAUUGCCCACUUCUAACGGUAAUGAAUCAUUCAGUAAAUUAUGCGACAAGUCGAGGAAGCUUGCGAGGGAUGAAAGGAAAACUUCUUUAGGAAUGCUACCGCUUAGCCUAUUAUUUGAUAGAUUUAACAACUCUAGCGUUGACAGGUUGCUUAACGUCGGCGGAAUGGCUCCUUCAAAUUCAUUGUUGCCGAGAUAGAGCUUGUCCAUUAGUGUUAGGUUGCCCAAGGUCGGAAGAAUUUCGCCCGAGAGCAUGUUGUUCGACAGAUCCAAGUACUGUAAUUGCCAAAGAUGACUGAUUUCUAUAGGAAUGGUGCCUCGAAAAUCGUUAACGCCUAUAUCAAGAUAAGUUAGAUUGAUAAAUUGUAAAGAAGUCCUCCAAAUUAUUGUUGUGACACUUGCAUUCAAUUUGGUACAAUUUGAUCUUGUUCGGGCCAAUUUGAAUAAAUUGAUUGAAUCGUUACCUUUGAUCAAA